GGAGGAGGUGCAUAACGGCAUUUGUAAAAACAAAUUGAAAGUAACUGACCAAUAGGAAAAUGUUUUAUUUAGAAAAAGUCAAAAAUAUUUAAUAAAUCUGCAUUUUUCCAAAUUUUAUUAUAUUUCUUGGAAGCCAUUCGAACCGAAAGCAAUUAUUACUCAAAAUACGUUUCUGUUGCAGACAAAUAUUCAGAUCAUAGAUAUGGAACUACCAUACAUGCCAUUUUUUUAUCCAACAUUUCCAGUCCAAGAACAAAGACCAGCAGACAACAUGUCAUCCCAGUAUCUGCACUCUAGUGGAAUGUUCUUUCCGGCACCAACCUACAUACCACACGUUCAACCUACAAUUCUACCAAAGCCAUUGACAGAUGACAACAAACCACAGUCAUACAACAAGAAUGAACUCAGGUCAUCCAUCUUUAGUCAGAUUCUUGGCACCUUUCCAGAACUCAACAACAUGAUUGGCAACAACCAGCAACAGAAACCACAACUCAGCUCUUGUUUGUACGAUUCUAAAGCUACUUACUCCGAACGUCAGCCAUACGAGACCAACAUCGCUUCUGACAUUAUGCAAGAAGAAUUUGACACUAGGUGUCCUUCAUCAUUGCAACAACCCAUCUCUACAUUCCAUGACCAAGUACAGUCUCCAUUGCAGUGUUCUUCUACACAAGCUUCUUAUGACCGUGUGUCCGACUUACUAGAACAAGCCUUGUCGUCUGCUGCUACACGCCCAAAGUCAACACAGAAACCAAAAGAGCCUAUUGUGUGUACCUACUGCAACAAGAUUUUCAGCUCGAAACCAAACUUGAAAGUUCACCUUCAGUCUCAUCAGGAGAACAAACGUCCACAUCAGUGCAAUUACUGCGGAAAGCGUUUUACCCAGAAGUCAACACUCCGUACUCACGUCCGUAUCCAUACUGGGGAGAAGCCAUACAGUUGUACCUACUGUCCGAAAAGUUUUGCAGACUUCUCAACUUUCACCAAGCAUUGCAGAAUUCACACUGGUGAGCGUCCGUACGUCUGUCCGUUCUGUGGUAAAUCCUUUGCACAGUCAGGUAACAUGCUUCGUCACAAGGCAUCACACAGUUAGACUUUCAUUCCUCUG